AUACGAGCCACAGCUAUGGUCGAUUCAGGGGCAACGUGUCUCUUCAUGAACAGGAGAUACGCGGAGCGCAAUAGGAUGUUACUGCAUGAACUACCAUGUCCAAUUUAUGUACGCAACAUCGAUGGAACGCCUAACCAGGCCGGAGCAAUGACCCACUACGUACGGGUACAGCUAACCGCUGGUGAUUACAAGGAG